CCCCUUUCUCUUUGCUGUCUGUAUUUCGGUAUCUUGCUCUCUGGGGUGUCCUUGCCCGUUUUUCUUGUAAACAUCAUCAUCAAGAGUUUUUUAACCUCCUCUAAUAAGAGCUUACCAGAAUCGUCCUCGGUAUCAUCUCUGUUUGCCCCCUUAAAUUAAUUUAUCUUCCUCUGCGUCCAUUUUAAUUGAACCAUUUUUUUUUAAAGCACAUAAUUAGCAUUUAAAUCUCUUUCCUACAGUCUCUUGCACUCCCUUCAUCGCUCUCUCUCCCCUUUCUUACUCUAGCAGACUCUACAUGUCUCAGUCGCUAAGGCAACCGAUGCUUUUUUUUCUUUUUUUUUUCCUCGCUUGCUCUCUGUAUCUCCCCCGUUUCUCUCUGUCUCCCUCUCUCAUUCCCUCUCUCCACUGCCAGAGAGAGAGAUGAUCGGAGGAGCGGCGUCUCAGUGAACAGAGCGAAGCGAUGGAGAGAUGCUCCAUCUCUCCUGUCACACAACUGACUGCCCUUCGCUGCCUCACCUGCAUUCUCCUGGUUGCUCUGGUGACACGGCCCUCCACCUGUAACCGUGACAAUAGUGAGGGCGAGGAGCAGGCAGACGCCCAGUCGGUCCAGCUGUCCGUCACAGCCCAGGUCACACCCACCCCUCUGUGGGCGGUGGUCUGGGGUCCAACGCAGCCUCUGGAGGAUGAGACCUAUCACUUCCUUUCAAGCCAGGAAACUGACCCCUUGCACCGCCGUGGGCAUCAGCAGGAGGCCGGCACCACCGGGUCUAACUGGCCCUCUAGCAUGCAGCCCAGAGAGGACGCACCGCCGGAGUCUGAGGACCUGGAGGGGGUUGAGGACGGAGGGACGGGGGCGGAGGAGACGGAGCUUGAGGAAGUGGACCCUCAGUUCUACGUCACCGUGACCAUCUCCUCGCUGCUCAUCCUGACGGCAGUCAUCAUUACAGCUAAACUCUGUUACGACCGCAGCUGUUCCCAGCAUCCACCCCCUCUUUCCCGUGGCGUGGCCCCCCCACUCUCCCUCGCGCUUCCUCGUUCCCUUGCUUCGGAGGACAGCCGGCAGACGUUGCACAGCACCUCCUCCUCCUUCACCGACAGGGAGAGGAUCCCAGUUGUGAACCUCUGAGCGGUUGCUCCAGAUGGUAAACAUUUCUCCCGGGCCUGAAGAACAUCAGCACAGCCAGAGGGUUUCCCCCGCAGCGACGUUUAUCUCCUCUGAAACUGUGAAAGGAAUCCAGGGGUCCCAGGUAUCCCGCCAUCGCCAAAACUUCCUCGGCUUCCUCGAGGUCUAAAAAGCCCAAACACACCAACCUGCCGCUCCCUCCCUCCCCUCCUCCCUCUGCGCUUGGUAUACAUUUCUUUCAUGUGGCUCAUGCGUCACUGUUACCUCCCCCCGUAUGGACCCCGAGCUCCGCCAGCCAAGCGCUCCCUUUCCUCGAACCCGCCAUGACUAAUUCUCAAGAAGCACUUCAAUAGACCCGCAACGUCCAAUUGCAUCUGAAAUUCAUUACAACUGUUGAUCCGGUGAUUCGGCUGACCGUGUGAAGCUGUUUGGUGUCUUUCAUGAAAUGACGCUCAUCAAAUUCAGCUCAGUUCAGCAGGCUUGUAUCUGGUUCGCAAACGGUUAAAAAGGCAUUCUCAGCAUCGCCAAACACUGAACGGGGUAUUUCACAAAGCUGUUUUGGCACGGAUGUAGCCAACGGGCAAUGUGUUUAACAUGUCACGCUCCAAAAACUGCUGUUUAUUCCCCGCUUUGGGCGCCCGGAAUGCAAAUAUUGUGUGGCUUUUUCCCCGCGCAUUGAGUAGAGGAGUCGGUUUUGUUUUGGUAUUUCCUCAUGAUUUGAUCGCUUAAUUAUCUGGCUGACGUUCACAUCUUUGUCGAGUCUUUGUGAGCAGCCUCUGUUCCUGCUGGACUGUGUUCGAGGUGCGUUAAGCGUGUAGUACUUCCAGCGGCGGGGAUAAAAUAUUCAGAGCGGGAAUGGAUAGAGGCAUUAGUGUUGAAAAUCAAUGACUCCCAAAAGGUUUUGGAUGGUGCACAACAAAGACGGAUUUUUGUUGUCAUGGAAAUGAGCAUCUGUGAACUGUACGUGCGUGAUCAAAGGACUGAUGUUACCAAGAUGUUUGUUUUUUUCCCCCCCAACUGAUCAAUCUGGAAACACAAAACCGCCAGCUUUCCUUUUCAGCACUUCUCCAGUCACUGUGUAUAAACUGUCUUGGGUGCACCGAUCACUUCAUCAAGGAGCAUCAUUUCUGUCCAAUGAAUCUGUAUGUACAGCGUAUGAAAAACCUGGGAGAGUAGCUUCAAAUCUAUUAUUCAUAAAUGUCUAUUUCACCUAUCAAUAAGUGAUGUCUUAUCAAACCUUUGACUCAAACAUCAGUUUGUGUUUGCCAACUUUUCUAAGCAGCUUUGAGACAUUAAGUAUUUUCCCCUACAGACAUAACGCUGGUGGCCUCAUGCGUGACUCGUGCUAUCCUCCAGAUAUCUCGUCUCGUGAUUUUUAGUAGCAGUCCUGUAGAAAUGUGGUCUUUCUGUACCAUGGAAGUUCAAUAAAGACUCAACACUGGCCUUUUA